AUGGUCAAAAGAAUAAAGGACAAGAAUGCGCCAAAGAGACCUUUGACAGGAUUUUUAUUGUACGGCAAUUAUUUGCGUGCAAGUGAUGAAAAUAUUAAGACCCUUCCUGUCACUCAACAGGCAACAGCCAUUGCCCAAAUGUGGAAAGAGUUGAAUGAGAGUACAAAACAAAAGUACAAUCAACAGUCAGAGAAACUCAAAGAGCAGUAUAAGAAAGCUAUGGAGGCCUACGAGAAGAGCGAUGCCUAUAAGGAGUUUCAGAAGACACUUGCCGAGGACAAAUCUGGAAAUAGCAAAGGAGCCAAAAAGAAGAGACAAGGAUCCACCAAAAUGUCAGGCUAUCGACUUUUUGUGAAGGAAAAUAAAGACAAUGUUGAUGAUGGGCUAAAUGAAGAAGAUGCAGGAAAGAAGCACAUUGCAAAGUGUGGAAUGAAAUGGAAGAAACUUUCAGAGGCUGAAAGGCAGGCUUACAAUGACCGAGCAGCUCAAAUGAACCCUGAACAAUUAGCUAGCGGGGACCACGCAAUGACUGAUGAUGAGGAGUAG